CAGAUGCUCGUGUGUCACAUGAUAUUGUUGCAAGUUGCUCCAACAAUAUAAACAAUCCGUGCUGAAUGUGACAGAAUGAGAGCACAUCCAGCAUGGGUCGACAAGGUGCAAGAAAAGUCAGAUCAAUGUAUAUAUGACCUUUGUUUCAAUCCGGAUGGCACGCAAUUGGUUGUCGCCUCCGGCAAUCAGGUUCUUGUGUAUGAGACCAACGAUGGUGCUUUGAUUCAAUCAUUAAAAGGGCACAAAGACACGGUAUAUUGCGUAUGCUAUGCGAAGGAUGGUAAGAAGUUUGCGUCAGGUGGAGCAGACAAAAGUGUCAUCAUCUGGACCUCCAAGCUGGAAGGGAUAUUAAAAUAUUCACACAAUGAGGCAGUACAAUCGAUGCAUUUUAAUCCCGUCUCACAUCAGCUACUCAGCUGUUCACUCUCAGACAUCGCCUUUUGGUCCGUGGAACAGAAAGCUGUGCAGAAGCACAAGUCUGGGGGGAGAGUCAAUUGCUGUGCGUGGACAAGGGACGGACAGUACUUAGCCCUUGGUCUCGCAACUGGAUAUGUAUCUAUAAGAAACAAAAAUGGCGAGGAAAAAACGCGCAUUGAACGGCAAAUCGGAGUACCAAUUUGGAGUUUAUCGUGGAAUCCUUUACAGGACGAUGCUACAGACGUUCUCUGCAUCGCUGAAUGGAAUGGAGUCAUCUCGUUUUACACUAUUGGUGGGGAAGCUAUCAGAAGAGAGAGAUCGUUCAGUUUUAUACCGCUUAAAGUCACUCACUUCCCAGAAGGCCAAUACCUCCUUGUUUGCGGUAGCAAUAAACAGUGCCUGUUGAUGACACACGACGGCAUACAAUUGGUCAAUGUAGGUGGUACCUUCUCGUCGUGGGUAUGGAGCUGUGCCGUUCAUCCAAGCGCUACGCAUAUUGCACUCGGUUCCCAAGACGGAACGAUAACGUAUCUACAGCUAUCCUGGAACGUCGUGCACGGUCUGUACGGCGACAGAUACGCGUACCGAGAGAACAUGACCGACGUGAUAAUACAGCAUUUGAUCACGAAUCAGAAAGUUCGAAUUAAAUGUAAAGAUCUGGUAUGUCGAAUUGCGGUGUAUCGAAACAGACUAGCCGUGCAAUUGUCCGAGCGUGUAAUUAUCUACGAACCGUCUAGCGCCGGCGACGGAAUGCAUUACAAGAUACGAGACAAGCUUAAUCAGACGUUGAACUGCAAUCUACUGGUCGUCACGUCGAACCACUUGGUUUUAUGCCUGGAAAGACGUCUGCAGAGUCUCUCCUUCGCCGGGAUAAUAGAGAGAGAAUGGAUACUCGACGGACUUAUCACUUACAUCAAAGUAGCGGGUGGUCCCGCCGGGCAGGAAUGUUUAAUAGCCGGUCUGAAGAGCGGGCACGUGAUGAAGAUAUAUCUCGACAAUCCGUUUCCCGCGCACGUCGCCAAAAUCGAGGAUUCCGUGAGAUGCUUGGACAUCAGCUCCUUGAAGGAGAAGAUGGCAGUGGUCAGCGAAUCUGGUGUCCUGUCCGUAUUCGAUCUAUGCACCGGCGAGAAGCUGCAGGAAUUCCAGAAUGUCAACAGCGUCGCGUUCAACAUCGCCUUUGAAGAUAUCAUGUGCUUCGCGGGCAACAACUACCUUGCGAUUAAAGUUGCGAAUUUCUCCGAGUACAGGCAGAAGUUCUCCGGCUUCGUCGUAGGACACAACGGCUCGAAGCUGUACUGCUUGAACGGCUCGUCCAUCGUGACGACAGAGGUGCCACUGUCGUUGUUCAUGUAUCAAUAUCUAGAUAUCGGAUUGUACGGCCACGCUUAUGACAUAGCGUGCUUGGGUGUAGCCGAAUCGGACUGGCUCGCUUUGGGCACGGCAUGCCUGGACAAUCUGGAAUUGAACAUCGCGUACUCGGCGUUCGCGCGAGUGAAGAAGCUGCGUUACAUAGAGAUCGUGUCCGAGGUGGAGGAGAAAUUAAAGUCGGGCGAAUGGGGACGGGAGGCGUGCAUGGCCACUGCCGCAGCCGCCAUGGGUAGACUUCGCGACGCGGCGAAGCUUUAUCAGAAAGCCGGUUUGCAGCAAUACGCCCUGGAUAUGUAUUCCGACUUGCGUAUGUUUGACAUCGCUCAGGAAUUUAUUGCCUCCGGCAACACGCAGGAUCGUACAGUAUUAUUGCGACGACGAGCGGAAUGGGCGAAGAGCUUGGGCGAACCGCGCGCAGCGGCCGAAAUGUUCCUCUCCGCGGGAGACAUCGAUCGUGCCAUCAGUAUCAUCGCCGAGUACGGUUGGAUCGACAUGCUGAUCAAAGUAGGCAGACAACUGGACAAGGCGGACAGAGACAACCUGUCGAUGAUCGCCAAGAAACUUAAGCAACUGGGUGCCUCGCAUGGCGCGGCAGAGAUUUUCAGCCGGUUAGGAGACGAUCCUGACGUCGCCGAUGUGCUUGUGGAUGCACAAGCGUGGCCCGAGGCCUUCGAACUCGCGGAAAGGAAUCCGAAGUUGAAGUCACGAGUAUACGGGCCGUACGCACGAUGGUUGGCGGAAACCGGACGAUUUUCCGAGGCUCAAGAAGCAUUCCAAAUGGCGGGACAACCGGAGGAGUCGAUACUCGUACUCACGAUGCUGGCUAACAACGCUGUGGUAGAGAAAAGGUUUCGCGACGCAUCUUACUUUUACUGGCUCCUGUCGCAAUUGAGUCUGGAUCUGUCGAAGAGCGUGGAAGAGAUAAAAACGAUGUUUCUUAAUUAUUCCGACAAAGCGGAUGUCUAUUACGCGUAUCACGAAGUAUACAAAUAUCUGGAAGAACCUUUUACGUCUCUGAUGCCAGAGGCAUUAUUCAACAUUUCGAGGUAUUUACUCAUGAAGACGCAGAGCAUACGACUGGAAGGCAUCUCGAAGAUGACGAUAAUGUAUAGUCUAAUGAAACAAGCGCGAAUAUUAGGCGCCAACAAGCUGGUUAUGCAAUUGUUGGACCAGUUACGUGCGAUGAAGAUUCCCGUGAAUCUCCUAGCGCAAGUAGAGACGUCAACUUUAGCUGCCAGAUCUUAUCCGUAUCGCGAUCCGGAAGAAUUAUUACCUCUAUGCUACAAAUGUUCCACGUUCAAUCCGUUAAUGCCGACGAAUAAUGUCUCUGGCAGUAAUUGCACGCAAUGCGGUUUAAAGUUUCAAUAUUCCUUCGUUAUGUUCGAAAUCCUGCCGUUAGUCGAAUUCGAAUUGGAGGAUGACAUCACGGACGACGAAGCGGAAAAACUGAUAGAGGAGCCAUUACCUUCCCCCGACGAUCUCGCAGUUAGCGAUCAGUUUACCGUAACUUCCAACGAGGCUGACCUCUUCACCGCCCGUUUAAUGAGAUACGAGGAAAAAUCGAGCAAUUCUACAGUGACUGUUGGAAGAGGAGUAUUGAAGAGUAUGGAUCCGUCCACUGUAAUAAUUAUCAAGUGGCCUAAGCCCUUUAAGACUAGAUACUUUAGGAAUCUUUUACCUGAUCUCCAGAUCAGCUUGUGCAAAUGCUGUUUAAAGUUGUUUCAUUCGGACGACUACGAGCUAGCGUUGUUACGACACGGGCAUUGCCCGUUCUGUCGGACGCCGAACGUGACCGUGGAUUAAGAUAAUGUGGAAUUAAAAAAUUGUUAUAGAUCAAGACGUACAUAUUGGACUUGUUAAAAAUGUUUUAGAAAUGUUUUAAUUAUAUCUGCGAAAUAAAACUGUUUUAGAAAU